UCUAGAUUCCAUUCAUCUUUAAGCCAAAUUCCUGUAAAAAUUUGUUUAUUUAAAAAACAUAAAACAAUCCAAUAUAAAGAUUCUAUUCUCAUUAGCGAUGUUCAAACAAAGUUUUUCAGAUUUGACCAAGCUGCCCAAGGAGAAAGUCCUUGAAUGGCUACCUUCCAUAAAAUCGGUGAUCUGCGAUGCUGACGGAGUGCUUUGGCAUUCAAAAGAUGCCAUUGAGGGCGCGGUGGACACCUUCAACCUGCUGAGCGAUUCGGGUCGAAAGACAUUCAUUGUGACCAAUAAUGCGGCACUCUCGAUAGCGGAUUUUCAAAAAAAGGCCUCCAAUUUGGGCAUGAAUAUAGAUGAAGAUCGAAUUCUGUCCUCGUCGUACUCCUGUGCCCAUUUUCUGGCCACCAAAAAGUUCCAAAAGAAGGUGUUCUACAUGGGAGAACUCGGGAUUCAGUACGAGAUGGAGAAGGUGGGUUUGUGCUGCUUCAGAGUGAACGAGAAGAUGGACAGGCCGAUAUUGGAGUUUGUCAAGGACUUAAAGCCUGAUCCCGAUGUGGGGGCUGUUGUGGUAGGCCGGGAUGAGUGCUUUAACAUGGCCAAGGUGAUGCGCGUCGGCUCCUAUCUACAGAAUCCUCAGGUGAUCUUUUUGGGCACUUCUUUGGACGCAGCCUAUCCCAUUGGUGACAACCGGGUAAUGGUAGGAUCUGGUGCCAUGUUGGCAGCAAUUAAGACCUUCACUGGACGGUCACCAUUGGUGCUGGGAAAACCCAAUCCAUGGAUGGUGGCCCAGCUGACGCAGAAGGGUCUCAUCGAGCCAGAGAGUACGCUGAUGGUGGGCGAUACCCUCGAGACGGACAUUCUCUUCGCCAAGAACUGCGGUUUCCAGUCCCUACUGGUGGGCACUGGGGUCAACAGCCGGAAGGAUGUGGCCAAGAUCGUUGAUGAGGGUGACCCCCAGAAAAUGGACCAAGUGCCGGAUACGUAUCUGCCCAGUUUUGGCCACUUGCGGGAGUUCCUUUGCUAGGGUCACAGCAGCCUGUGGCCGCAUACAAAUUGUAAAUUAGCAUUUGCUUGCUCGAUUCCUGCAUAAAAUCAAUACCACAAAAGCGGCCUGCUUUCCAGUGUCAGCCACAACACAAAUCUGGCGGCAUUGUAGGGUUUCGUUCCCUUGUCAAACGUUGAACACUUGCAGUCCCCACAGCAAUGUCAGAGGCGGUGGACGCCACGGACUCGACACUUCAUCGCCAUCAGCGCUAAGAGUGACCGACGGAUGCGGUCUGGGAUGGUGGGUUCGACUGCUUUUUGUCCCCCAGCACUGGAAACAAACUUAUAUCUAAUCCUGAUAAUAUACAUUUUAAAUUGA